CUACACCAUCACGAGAAGUUCGACUUCAUGAUGAUCUGCCUUCGUUUGAGCUAGUCAGUUCACCUGAGACCUUCGUCGGAUACGGAGCUACUAUUAUUUCGAUCUACAUUUUCUCUCGAGGAAUUUCCAAUGACUGCAGAAAUUUCUCAGAGACACAAUUGGCGAUUUGUCAUGAAUUUAAAAGUACAGUGCAAGUGAUCAACUUUCUCACUGUUAUUUGAAGGCAGAUUGAGAUUUUUUUACUCCUAACUUUUCUUAUUUGUGGUAUAUUGUGCGUAUACUAUUCGAGUGUUGGAUAUCAAGUGAGACCCCAAAGAAAGUGGAACGCUCUUAGUGCAUUUUACAUUCGUGGCAGUCUUAUAGCUAAGUGAUCACAGAUUCCAAGAAUUUGUGGGCAAUGACACUAAUGCGCCAGUUUUGGGUGGGGCGAUGUUGGGCUUCGACAUCAACCUCUGCCUCAAGUGUCACCAUUAAAUCUACCAGCACAACGUCUGGUGUUGCAAAGAAGGGUAAAAUUUCACCAGACGGAUCUCCGGCCUAUUCCACAUGCCUUCACAUGGUGGAUGGUCCAACACCCUCAAUUGUGUCCACCGAAGAGUGGGCCAAUGCGAAGCCAUAUGAACAAGUACCCGGACCACGACCUCUGCCACUCUUGGGCAACACCUGGAGACUAUUUCCCUUCAUUGGACAGUAUAAAAUCUCUGACAUUGCACGCAUCUCUUAUAUUCUGCACAGAGAUUAUGGUCGGAUAGUACGGUUCAGUGGAUUAGUAGGACGCCCUGAUCUUCUGUUUGUCUACGAUGCCGAUGAAAUUGAAAAGUGUUACAGACACGAGGGGCCAACACCUUUUCGACCAUCAAUGCCAUGCCUUGUGAAAUACAAAAGCAUCGUUAGGAAGGAUUUUUUCGGUGAUCUUCCUGGUGUUGUUGGAGUACAUGGAGAACCAUGGCGAGAAUUCAGAUCACGUGUUCAGAAGCCCGUGCUACAGUUGUCUACGGUAAAACGGUAUGUUACACCACUCGAAGAGGUGACAAAGGACUUCUUGGAGCGAUGCGAACAACUGCUAGACGACAAAAGUGAAUUGCCGCAUGAUUUCGACAAUGAGAUCCAUAAGUGGUCUCUCGAGUGUAUCGGACGUGUGGCUUUAGACACCAGACUUGGGUGUCUGGAGCCAAAUCUUGCACCAGAUUCAGAGCCUCAACUCAUCAUCAAUGCCGCUAAACAUGCCCUGAGAAAUGUCGCCAUUCUGGAACUAAAGAUGCCUUUCUGGAGAUACUUUCCGACACCCCUCUGGACCAAAUACGUUAACAACAUGAACUUCUUUGUAGAAAUCUGCAUGAAAUACAUCCAGAAUGCCACUGAGAGGAUGAAGUCUGGCGGUGGUGGAAGUGUCAUGGAGGAACCAUCGCUCCUGGAACGUGUGCUCAAGGCGGAAAAUAACGAAAAAUUGGCGUGUAUAAUGGCUUUGGAUUUAAUUCUCGUCGGAAUUGACACGAUUUCUAUGGCCGUAUGUUCGAUUCUGUACCAAAUUGCCACUCGACCAGUUGAACAGGAAAAAUUGCAUGAGGAAAUUCGUAGGGUUUUUCCGGAUCCAUCUGAACCAAUAACAUACCAACACUUAGAUAAACUGAUUUAUCUGAAGGCUUUCAUAAAGGAAGUUUUCCGAGUUUACAGUACAGUGAUCGGAAACGGAAGAACUCUCCAGGAAGAUGCCGUAAUUUGUGGUUACCGAAUUCCACGUGGUGUUCAAAUGGUCUUCCCAACAAUUGUCACAGGAAAUAUGGAAGAAUACGUGAGCGAUUCCAAUGCAUUCAGACCUGAUAGAUGGCUCAAGGCUAAUCAGGGUGGCUUCGAAGGAAAACUUCAUCCCUUUGCCUCACUGCCUUACGGCUACGGAGCCCGAAUGUGCCUUGGUCGUCGAUUUGCUGAUCUCGAGAUGCAGAUACUCUUAGCGAAGUUGCUGAGGAGCUACAAAUUAGAGUAUCACCAUAAACCACUCAAAUAUGCUGUCACUUUCAUGUACGCCCCAGACGGAGAGCUCAAGUUCAAAAUGACCAAAAGAAACAGCUAAACUUCACCUUAAAUGCCACGGAGGAAUUAGCAUCAUCAUACGAAAUAUUAUUUCAUAUCAUGUGAAAAAGAUCAAAUAUUUCAAAAUAUAAUAUUACAUUAUAGACGAAUUUACCAAUAUUUUCUAUCAUUUUUUAAUAAAUAAAAAUCACCAGAAAAUUCCAAUUUAAAAUACCAGAAGUGUAUUGACUUAUUUUCCUUGCCUCAAUGUGGAGACAAAAAUUGCUUAAUUUUAAAAGAGAUUUUUUGCUAUAAGUUACUGGAAUUAGUCAUUUUCUAAAAAUAAAUUAUACAGAAAACUGUGAGGGUAAAAUUUACACAAUAAAACCGGGAAUUAUGAAAUGCAA